AGUUUGUGAGUCAGUUGAUUUCCAUAGAAGAUAGUGUAGUGUAAAAUAUAUAAUGUGGUUAUUGAAGAUGUUGUAACCACUGUAUUAUCAAAACAAUGGAAAACCAAUCCUUUUAAAGCAAGAAAAAUGGGUGUUGAUAGUCUAGAGAGUUUGUCAUUGGUCUGUAUUAGAUCCAAUUUAUACUUUAUUAGUAAAAUUUGUAAGAGAAAUGCAAUAUUUCUACCUCCAAAAAUUGGUAUGAGCAUUUUCGAAUUUGCGAACAAAGAUAACAAACCAUUUUCAACCAAUGAAUUGAAGUUUUUUUCUUCGAGUAUCCUCUAUUUAUCAAAUGUUACACUGAAGCAGAGAAAGUUUACAUCUGUUGACAAUUUAAGUUUUUUAUCUGAUCAUCCAAUUAAAUCACUUUGUUUAGAGAAUUUUAUAAAACAAAUUUAUUUACCAAUAGUGGAUACAUUGAAAAAUCUAGAAUUGAAAUCAUGUGACGUUUUUGCAGAGGAAUCUGUAAAUAUGUUUAAACAAUCAGCAAAUUUACCAUCUUUAAAGUCAUUAAAUUUGAAUUUUUCAAGAAAUAUUACAAGAAGCAAAAUGGUCAAAAAAUUAAUUCAAUUUUCUUCAAUUUCUCUUCAAGCCGUUGACUUUUCAAGUUGCAAUUUUAGCAAAGAGGAUUGCUAUGAUUGGUUAGGGAGCGUGUUUCAAAAUUGCAGUCAAUUAAGGGAAGUUAAUCUGAGUGGUAAUCAGAAAAUGGGAGAUGGUUGGUUAAAUAUCCUAAAAGGGCUGAAGUCUUCAUCAAAUCACCUUUUAAAAAUCGAUUUUUCUUAUUGUGAUUUGAUAAAAGAGAAUAAUUGUUGGCUUGGUGAAUUAUUUAAAAUAUGCAAAUUAUUACAGGAAGUCAAUUUAAGUGGCAAUAAGAAACUUGGUGAUGGAUGGUCAGAAAUACUAGCAGGCUUAACGUCAUCGUCACAGUCAAUCAUUAAAAUUGAAUUUUCGAACUGCUUUUUGAGCAGCAGCAAUGGUAAUAUGUUAGGUAAUUUUCUCAAACAGUGUACAUCAAUUGAGGAAAUUAAUUUAAGUGAGAAUAAAAGGAUUCUUAAUGGUUUCGAUAAAAUAUGUCAAGGAUUGAAAUUGUCUUCUAAUACUCUCAAAAGAAUUAAUUAUUCAGACUGCAAUUUGAAUGAGAAUCAAAUUAACUUUGUUAGUGAUUUAAUUGCAGAUUGUACUUUAUUAGAACAAGUAGUUUUAUGUGACAAUGAAAAUUUCAGAAAUCAAGCUGAGAAAAUAUGUAGUGGAUUAAUGUCUUCUUCAAAUUCUUUACAAAGAGUUGAUGUAUUUAAUUAUAAUUUGAAUAGUGAGGAAUCUUAUUGGUUUGCUAAUUUAUUGCAGAAAUGUAAAACAUUAAGAGAAGUUUACAUUUUCAGUCAUGGAAUGGAGGAAAUAUUUAUAAGUUUAAAAUCGUCUUCAGCCUCUCUUCGAAAGAUCAAAAUUGAAUUUUUUGACGUUACCGACGAGGAAAUACUUUGUGUAGGAAAUUUAUUAGAGGAAUGUAAAAUUUUAGAGGAUUUUAGUAUCUCUGCAAAUAUGCUGUCCUCGAAACAACUCGAAGUGAUCUGUGCAGGAUUACAGCCAUCUUUAAACUCUUUGAAAAAGAUUAAAUUUUCUCCUUGCAUUGUAGAAGAAAAUGACGUUUAUUGUCCAGGCAGUUUAUUUAUAGGAUGUGAAUCAUUGACAGAAAUUGAUCUAAUGGGAAGUCAUUUUAAUACUCCAGGUCUGGCCGAGAUUUUCCAAGUAUUGAAAUCUUCUGCAAAAUCUCUUCUGAAAGUCAAUUUUAAUAACUGUGUUUGGAAAGAAGGUGACAUUGGUCAAUUAGCAGAUUUGCUUAGAGAGUGCACCUUUAUAGAGGAAAUUAAUUUAAGCUCCACUAGUUUACAUGGAAAUGAAUUUAAAAAUAUUUGUGAAGGGUUAACAUCUUCCUCAAAUUCACUUUUAGACAUAGACCUCUCUUGCUGUGAUCUAAAUGAAGAUCAAAGCUUUUGGUUGGGCGAUUUUUUGAAUCAAUGUACAUCACUACAAAAUAUUGAUUUAAGUGCUAAUUGUGAAUGUGGAAAGAAUAUUUGGGAAAUAUUUGAUGGAUUGAAAUUAUCUUCCUAUUCUCUUCGCAAGUUGUACCUUUUUGAUUGUAAUUUGAAUGAAGAACAAAGUUGUUGGCUUGGCGAUUUAUUACAAAUGUGCACAUCAAUACAAGAAAUUAAUUUAAGUGGGAAUAAUGAGUUUGGAAAGGGGUUUAAGGGAAUAUGCAACGGAUUAAAAUCAUCUUCAAACUCCCUUAUCAAGAUAAUCCUUUCUGAUAAUGAUCUAAAUGAAGAACAAAGUCAUUGGCUUGGAGAUUUGUUACAGGAUUGUUUAUCAAUACAAGAAAUUGAUUUGAGUGGCAACGAUUCCUGUGGAAAAGAAUUUAAGAGAAUAUGUAAUGGAUUAAAAUCGUCUUCAAAUUCUCUUCUUAACAUAAGGCUUUCUCAAUGCCAAUUGAGUUCGUGCGAUUGUCGUUGGUUGGGCGAUUUACUUGAGAAAUGUACUUGCCUAGAAGAACUUUGUUUAAGUUUCAAUGAGAAUUGUAGUAGGGAAUUUAAGGGAAUUUGCCAAGGACUAAAAGCAUCUUCACAUUCCCUUCUCCGCCUUAAUCUUUCAUAUUGUAAAUUUAACGAAAAUCAUAGUCAUUUAUUAAUUGAAUUACUAAGAAACUGUAAUAUAUUAGAAGAUAUGUAUUUAGACAGUUUUGGAGAAGAUCAUCCAGAUUUUAUCAACUUACUGGAUGGUUUUAAAGCUAUAUAUCCACAUUUAAAUUUAAGCUAUUUGUAACAAGAAGUUAUUAUCAAUUUACAUUCUGUAACAUAAUUGUAAAACUAUUGAUUUUUUGAACAUAAUAUUUAAUACAAAGGAGAUAGCCCUUAUGCUUUAGGCUGGCGGACAGCACAUUUUGGCCCACGACAUUUCGGCUCUCUUUGGGAUAUUUUGGCCAAUUUCAGGAAAUUUGACAAAUGUCAUCUUAUGUAAUAGUGAUCUAUUGCAAAGUGAUGUAAACAACAACAGAUUCAUUACCUAAUCUAAUCCUAGUCUCAGAAAUUUUAGAAAACUACCUAUUGAUAAACUCUUUCUGUAACAUGGAUAAAUCUUAGAAGAGUUGUUGCCUGUUUUUGAAAAGAAGAUGGGAAGUUGAAGUAAUGGAAAGUACGGCUUUAGUACUUUUUGUGUUCUAAUUUUAUGCAUAUAAUAGUCAUCCUUGAGUUGUCCAAAUAUGUCAAGGUCACUUGAUGAAAAUCCAGGCAUACCUGAAACAUCAGGGCCUUAUUAGUUGAGCUUCGAUUAUCAAAUAUAAUUUGUCGAAAGUGAGGAUCUCCAGAUGCAGAAGCGAGAGCAAAAAUGAUGAAGUUAAAAGAAUAUAGUCAGUGGAUCCAGUUUUUGUAGCAAUCAGUAAUGUUAAAGUCAAGUUUAGUACUAAAUUCUACCAUACAACAAAGAUGAAAGCUUUCAGAGUGUUGUACUUUCAAUGACAAAGAAUUACUUGGGAAAUCUUUUAAGAGAAGCUUGAAGUUCUUGCUUCGGUUAGUUAUAAACUAACCAACUGUUCUAAAUUUGAAAAUGAGUUUUCGUGUAAUUCCUUUAAUUCGAAAUUGGUUAGUUAUCUUAACUAUGAGAUUGUGGUCCAGUAUGGUGACAAAUUGCAUUAGAAUCAUUAUAUUCAAUACAAGUUAUUGUUACUAAACAUAUACAAAUACCAUCUUGAAAUUCAUUUGACUUAAAUUUUGAGAAUAGUUCUGAUGAGUACACCAUAAAUUUUGAUAGGCCCACUUUUAAUUAAAGGUCAAAAAUGUUUAUUUUUAGUAAUUUUCAUCAAUUUUUUCUUUAUUUGGCCAUGCUUCAUCAUUAUUGGAACAUACACUUGAUUUUCA